AUGUCUCUUGCUGAUAAGGCUCACCAAUGGGAGAAGAGCCUGCCCCAUGGUUCAAUCACUACAUGGGAUGAGUGCAAGAAAGCCUUUCUUGCUAAGUUUUUCUCAACUGGGCGCACAGCCAAGCUAAGAAGUGAGAUCUCAGGCUUCACUCAGAGGAACAAUGAGACAUUUGCUGAAGCUUGGGAAAGGUUCAAGGGUUACACCAGUCAAUGCCCUCAUCAUGGCUUCAACAAUGAGUCUUUGCUUUCUACACUCUAUAGAGGAUGUUUGGCUAGAUACAGAGAGAUGUUGGACACAGCCAGUAAUGGAAACUUCCUAAUCAAGAUGUAG